GCAAAUCAGUAGCAAAGGUGCAUAGAGUUGCAGAUGAAAUGGGGAAAAAUUAGAAAAGGUUUUCUUUUACAUGGACUACAAUGCUUCUGACUAUCUGAAGAACAAGAAACCAUCAAACUUUCCUCCUGGACCCAGAGCUCUUCCCUUUGUGGGAAAUAUCUUGAAUUUGGACAGCAAGCAGCCGCAUGUUCAUUUCACCAAGUUGGCCAACAUCUAUGGUAGUGUCUUCAGAGUUCGCUUUGGUUGGGAUACAAUGGUGAUUUUAAAUGGAUAUAAGAUGGUAAAAGAGGCCCUUGUGAUCCAAGCUGAGAACUUUGUGGACCGUGCUGUGGCUGACAGGCUUUACUCUGAGCCCUCAGACGGUAUCGUUGUGAGCAAUGGUGAAAAAUGGAAGCGACAGAGACGUUUUGCUUUAUCUACAUUACGCAACUUUGGCCUGGGCAAAAACACACUGGAGCAGAGCAUCUGUGAGGAGAUCCGACACCUCCAGGAGGAAAUAGAGAGUGAGAAUGGUAAACCGUUCAGCCCUGCUGGUCUGUUCAACAAUGCAGUGGCCAACAUUAUUUGCCAGCUUGUUAUGGGAAAACGAUACGAAUACACAGACCACAGGUUUCAAAUCAUGCUGAAGCACAUGUCUGAGGUGAUGUGGCUGGAGGGGAGCAUAUGGGGUGAACUCUAUCAGGCAUUCCCCAGUGUGAUGAAAUACCUGCCAGGUCCACACAACAAAAUUUUCACUAUUUAUGACAGCAUACUGAAUUUCCUACAUGAGGAAGUUGAAAAUCACAAGAAGGAUUUGGACCACAACAACCCAAGAGACUACAUGGACGCUUUUCUCAUUGAAAUGGAGAAUCAAAAACAGUCCAACCUGGGCUUCACAGAGUGCAACCUGGCUUUCUGCUCUCUUGACCUCUUCAUAGCUGGAACCGAGACAACAGCCACCACACUGCAGUGGGCUUUAAUCUUUCUCAUUAAAAACCCUCAUGUUCAAGAGAAGGUCCAUGCAGAAAUUGAUAAAGUGAUCGGACGUUCCCGUCAACCCUCCAUGGCUGAUAGGGCCAACCUGCCUUAUACUGACGCUGUAAUCCAUGAGAUCCAGAGGAUGGGAAACAUUGUUCCACUGAAUGCACUCAGAGUUGCUGCUAAGGAUACAACUCUGGGUGGCUACCUUAUUCCAAAGGGAACAACAGUGCUGCCCAUGUUGACUUCUGUGCUGUUUGAUAAAAAUGAAUGGGAAACUCCUGACACCUUCAAUCCUGGACACUUCCUAGAUGCUAAUGGGAAGUUUGUGAAGAGAGAAGCAUUCCUGCCCUUCUCUGCAGGAAAACGUGCGUGCCUUGGUGAAGGCCUCGUUAAGAUGGAGUUGUUCCUGUUUUUUGUUGCCUUGCUGCAGAAGUUCUCUUUCUCUGUUCCCGAAGGAGUUGAACUGAGUACUGAAGGAAUAACUGGAACUACACGUGUACCUCACCCCUUCAAUGUGUCUGCAAAGACUCGUUGAGAUACACAUCGUUCCCAUUUUUGCUCAAGGCAUUAAAAAAAUUGAUAUAUAUAAAUCUUUUCAAUUAUAUGAUUCAGAUUUCUUUUGUUUUUACACGUUUUCUAGGUGAUGGUUGUACGUAACAAUAUAUUACAAUAGUAAAUAACUAAAUAACAUAUUUACUUUGUCUGUAAUAAAAUAAAAUAAAAACACAAGAUAUCCAUGCCUAUUGAAUGUCUGUAGGAUUGAGAAGAAAUUAUAAGGUUGACCCCUCUGCUGCAUUAACCUGUUUUACUUGGUUAAUAAAAGUUUACUAUGCUUCUACUGGUUGGCGUUCAUAUACUACCAUGCCCAGUAAUACUAUAACCUACAAAUUGAGUCUGGGAGUCUGAGAG